CAGCUGUCUACCUUACUUCUUCAUCGGGGGAUUCCCCAAAUGCGCCACCACCGAUCUCUGGGGUAAGCUGAUGACCCACCCAGCCCUUGUGAGAACCCUAAAGGAACCUCAUUGGUGGACAAGGACUAACUUUGAAGAGAAAAAAAUUGAAACAUACGUUCGUCGAUAUAAUAACUUAUCGAAGGAAAUGACUUCUAAACAUCAGAAAGAUCUCAUCACAUGUGACGCAUCUGCACUGACGUUCCAGGAUAACAAGGCAGUGAUAGCUCGUAUGCCGCCCAACCUCAGAGAGGAAAUCAAGUACGUCACAGCUGAUUUUAUCAGGGCUGCCUUGCCCGAUCUCAAAAUCGUUGGCAUUAUACGCGAUCCAACUUCGAGGCUCUACUCGGCUUACCUUUAUUUCGCCGAGCACAAAAAGAGUCCCACAUCGCCGGAGGAUUUCCACGUCAAAGUGGUGAAGGCGAUGGAGGACUUCUACAAUUGUACAGAUAAUCAUGAUCUCCGUUUCUGUGCCUAUCAUGACGUGGUACCGCACAUAAACAUCGGGUGCUAUUCCUUCUACAUCCGAGAAUAUCUGGCACGGUUUCCCCGGAACCAGCUUUACUUCUUACGCACAGAAGACUGGUCAAAAGAUCCUGCUCAUUAUAUGAAAGAAAUAUUCUCAUUUGUAGAUAUUGGUAAGUAAAUACUGACUGUCAUUAUAAUGAAUUUUGAAUUGACAUUGGGCCUUAAAGAUACUAUGUCCCUUUUGCAGCCAACAUCAAAUUCUGUAGAACUUUGCAGGAAUUAUG